AUUGAGCACGUGGCCUGGAAGCCUAGGGUAUUUAUCUACCACAACUUUAUCACCGACAUGGAGGCCAAGCACAUGAUAGAGCUGGCAGCGCCGCAGAUGAAGCGCUCGACAGUCGUCGGAGCUGGAGGCCAAAGCGUCGAGGAUAGCUACCGAACGCUGUACACGGCCGGCGUUCGCAGGUACCAGGACGACGUCGUGGAGCGGAUAGAGAACCGGGUGGCGGCAUGGACGCAGAUUUCGGUCCUACAUCAGGAAGACAUGCAGAUCCUUCGGUACGGCAUCGGCCAGCAGUACAAGGUCCAUGCGGACACAUUGCGGGACGAUGAGGCGGGUGUGCGGGUGGCCACGGUGCUGAUUUACCUCAACGAACCAGAGGCUGGCGGGGAGACUGCCUUCCCAGACAGCCAAUGGGUGAACCCAAAGCUUGCAGAGACCAUCGGCGCCAAUUUUUCAGCCUGCGCAAAGAACCACGUGGCCUUUGCGCCCAAGCGUGGUGACGCGUUGCUGUUCUGGAGUAUCGGUCCUGACGGCACAACGGAGGAUUACCAUGCCUCCCACACGGGCUGCCCCGUGCUGUCGGGCGUCAAGUGGACGGCAACCAAGUGGAUCCACGCAAAGCCCUUCCGGCCACAGGAGAUGGCGGCCGGGCGGCCGCACCAGCCAUACGUGCGUGACCCAGGGGUCUGCUACGAUGAAAGCCCCAGAUGUGCGGAAUGGGCGGCGCGCGGCGACUGCGAGAAGAACCGUGACUACAUGAUUGUCAACGCGGUGUCGCCGGGCGUGUGCCGCAAGGCCUGUGGGGCCUGCAAGGUGUGCGAGCAAGGCGAUAUCGCGUGUUAUAACCAGAACCGCAUUAAUGUGGGCUUCCUCAUCUACAACGCAUCCGAGCUUGCACCUUUCCGGGAGAUGGUCUGA